GAGACAGAAAGCUGGAGCCACAGAUAGAGGGACACAGCCUUAGAGCCAGACUGACAGGUUAAUCCAGGAAGCCAUUGAGAGUGCCUGGAAGCAGAGGCUGAUUUAAACUGAGUACAUUCAGAAACUAGCCCCAUCCUGCUCUUCAACAUGGACCAGAACUCCUCUGACCUCCAGAGCAAAGAGACAGCAGCUCCCAGCAGCAGGCAAACUGAAACGCAAGACUCUCUGAAAGUGACCUCGAGCCUCCUAGAUGCCACCCAAGGUCAGAAGGCUAACACGCAAACUCCUUUGCCCAUCAUCCACAUUCGCAAAUUAAGCAACGUGGAACCGUCAACGUCCACACCUAUGCCCCGAAGGGUUAGCAUCCAGGAACCACCAGCAUCUGUCUUUCUCCCUCUCAGGGUUAGUACACUGAGCUCACCAUCCCCAUCCACCAUUCUCCCUCGAAGGUUAAGUACUCAAGAGACCCUUCUUCAGGGUUCCCAGUCCAAUGUACAGGACAUACAGUCUGUGGCCUACAAUCGAUGGCUCAGUUCCAGAGAGUCUGCUUCCCUUAACCAUAAUCGCCGGCUCAGCAUCCUAAGCUCUCAUACCCUGUCCAGUGCCCAGUCAGAAAUUCGCAGCUCACAAACCGAAACUGAAAGCCACCCCUCCAUACCCCAGUCAUAUAGCCCCAACAGAAAACAAAUGCGGCCCAGUGUGGAUGUCCCCCCGUCCAUAACCCAGAGCCCACAGGCCAGCAUCAGAAGUUUCGAGUCCUUUGUCUGGGACUCCAAGGACAGCUUGAAAGAGAUUUCAGAUGACUCUUUGUCUAAUCACAGUACUCUAGGCAGCACCUCAAAACUGUCCAACAUUUCUACUAUAAUGAACUCUAGUAGGGCUCAGAGCAAAUGCUGGACACUGCUUCCCAUAGGCUGGAGGCUGUUGCUCGAAGCCAAGAAGAUAAGCAGGCACCUUAGCCUGGUGCUGACUGUGGCCGGCAUGGUGAUGCUCAGCCUCAUCGCCUUGUGGAAGCCCUGGAUCCACUUCCGAGUGCCUCUAGGACCCCCAGGGGACCCCGCUGGUCCCCAAACCAUCUCCAUUGACACCAUCUUCUUCAUGCGCUGCCCUGACAUCUCCUGCAUGAAUGAAUACGAUAAGAAUGCAUAUUUGCUGGACAUGGCCUGGGCCUGCAUCCUCAUCUCCGGUGUCAUGAGUUUCUGUGUAUUCAUGGGUCUCAUCAGCACUAUCUUCUUCCCUAGCACUAGCCUGCCCUUGAUGGACUUCUCUCUCUUCAUCUGCAGCCUCUUAACCGGGAUCAACAUCAUUCUGGGGGUCCUGUUCUAUCUGAUGCAAGCCCGAAAGUUCCUACAGGAAGGCAUGACCUACACCCUGGGAAGCAGUUUCUACCUUGCCUGGAUCAAUGUCUUCUUCUUCUUCAUGAUUGGUUUCUUCUCCUAUCUGAACUAUAUCAACUUCUGGUCUAUCCUGUCCCUCCAGCCCACAUGGUCUUAAGAUAUGACAAUGAACUAACAAUGGCUGUCAGCUGCCCCACCCCCAUACUCGUUAUGUAACUUCUGACUCCCUUCAACCCAGAAUACUAAUUUAUAUUUUAAAGAAAAAUAUCUUC